AUGUCGUUAAAUGAAGAUUUGAGCCCAUGUGCUUUAAAUACACCCAGUUUACCCAUGUCAACAACAAUAAUUCAACACAAUCCACUAUCUGAAGCUGGUACAUCUUACAUCUCAUCUACGACGACAACGAGAACCAUGACAACAUUAAUCACUGUGCCGAAUUCAUUCGAAAAUCCUCUGAUUAAAAUAAAAAAUGAUUUGAAGCAAAGUUUUCGAGAACCAACAACAUCACCAUUUCAAUCAAUACUCUCCUCCAAAACUCCAACAACAAUAAUUCGGAAAGAAGACGUAUCAGAAGCAUCGCCAGGUAUACUCAUACCGCCAUCAACAGCCGAGGUGAUGUCUGUUAUCGAAUCAAUUCAAGGCACAAAACCAUCAAAAACAGAAGCGACAAAUUUAACAGAAUCAACUCAACUUCAUGAAUUAACUAGUAUCCCCGAUUCAUCUUUAUCUCCAAAAAAGAAAAUCUUAUUACGUAGCCAGUCGGAAAAUGAAUUAACAGCAACGAGUGCUGUACUACAAGCUGAUCACCAACAAUUUCUUUCUAUUACUGACAAACCACACGAAGAAGAAAAUUUAACGACAGAGUCAAAGUUACAUGCUUCUGUAAUGGUGAACAAUACACAUAAUAAUACGAAUAACCAUGCAUCAAUUCAGAACGUUCAUCAUGAUUUUACUAGUGACGCAUCUCAAACUCAAUCUGGCAACAAAUAUAUUCAAAUAGUAUUCAAUAAUCAACUGCACACAUUUCACUUAGAUCAGUACGGUCAGCCACAUGAUGAAUUGCCAACAACAAAUAAAAGAACCUUUCAACAAACAAAUAUGAACAACGAUGAGACAGUAAGUGUAAUUGUUCAAAAUCAACAGAACAUGUCAAACGAAGUAACAUCGAGUGAUCAACCUUUUCAUCAAGCUAAACGUUCAAAAGUGGCAACAGCAGCAGCAGCAGCAGGCACCAACGGUCUUCGUUCUUACCAAACUCAUACGAUAACACCAGCGACCACAAAUAGUUAUCAACAACAACAACAACAAUCACCACCUAUUGCUCAGCCAACCGUCUCGGGUGUUGCUAUUGGCGAGUCCGAUGUGCGUCGUAGACAAAUUCGUGACAGUAAUCGUGAAGCAGCGCGUCGAUGCCGUGAAAGACGUCGUCAAUAUAUCGAAACAUUAGAAACAAAUUUGGAACAACAAAAACAGCAAAAUCAAAAAUUAGAAUUAGACAUUCAACAUUUGAAGAGAGAAAAUAUUCAGUUGAAAACUAUUCUCAGUGAAACAACAAUAACAAAAUUGUCUAAAUCUUCUUCAUAA